UCCCGGCGGGGUUCACUGCGCCUGCGCCCGGAGUUGCAAGAUGGCGGACAGUGCGGAACUAAAGCAAAUGGUUAUGAGCCUUAGAGUUUCUGAACUGCAGCUACUUCUGGGUUACGCGGGGAGGAACAAGCACGGACGAAAACACGAACUUCUCACAAAAGCACUGCAUUUGUUAAAGGCUGGCUGCAGUCCUGCUGUACAAAUGAAAAUCAAAGAACUCUAUAGGCGAAGGUUCCCUCAGAAAAUCAUGACACCUGCAGACUUAUCUAUCCCCAGUGUACACUCGAGCUCCAUGCCAGCAACUUUGUCUCCGUCUACCAUUCCACAGCUCAGUUACGAUGGCCACCCUGCCACGUCACCAUUGCUUCCCGUUUCGCUUCUGGGACCUAAACAUGAACUGGAACUCCCCCAUCUCACAUCUGCGCUCCACCCUGUCCAUCCUGACAUAAAACUUCAGAAAUUACCUUUUUAUGACUUGUUGGACGAGCUGAUAAAACCUACCAGCCUAGCAUCAGAUAAUAGUCAGCGAUUUCGAGAAACCUGCUUUGCAUUUGCACUGACACCACAGCAAGUGCAGCAAAUCAGCAGUUCAAUGGAUAUUUCUGGGACCAAAUGUGACUUCACAGUGCAGGUCCAGCUAAGGUUUUGUUUAUCAGAAACCAGUUGUCCACAAGAAGAUCACUUCCCACCCAAUCUGUGUGUGAAAGUAAAUGGGAAACCAUGCAGCCUUCCAGGCUAUCUUCCACCAACCAAAAACGGUGUUGAACCAAAGCGACCUAGCCGACCAAUCAACAUUACCUCACUCGUCAGAUUGUCUACGACGGUACCAAACACAAUCGUUGUCUCAUGGACUGCGGAAAUUGGAAGAAGCUAUUCCGUGGCAGUCUAUCUUGUAAAGCAGCUGUCCUCUACGGUGUUACUGCAGAGGUUGCGAGCAAAAGGAAUACGGAACCCUGAUCAUUCUAGAGCACUAAUUAAAGAGAAACUGACCGCCGAUCCAGACAGCGAAAUAGCAACAACAAGCUUAAGAGUUUCUCUUCUUUGUCCACUUGGUAAAAUGAGGUUAACCAUACCAUGUAGGGCCUUGACCUGUUCACACCUGCAAUGUUUUGAUGCCACUCUCUACAUUCAAAUGAACGAAAAGAAACCAACCUGGGUUUGCCCUGUCUGUGACAAGAAGGCUCCCUAUGAACAUCUCAUUAUUGAUGGGCUGUUCAUGGAAAUCCUGAAGUAUUGUACAGAUUGUGAUGAAAUUCAGUUUAAGGAGGAUGGAUCGUGGGCCCCAAUGAGAUCGAAGAAGGAGGUGCAGGAAGUAACUGCAUCUUACAAUGGAGUUGACGGAUGCAUAAGCUCUUCCUUGGAACAUCAGGUGUCUUCUCACCAACAGUCAAAUAAAAAUAAGAAAGUAGAAGUGAUUGAUUUAACCAUUGACAGCUCAUCAGAUGAAGAGGAGGAAGAACCAUCUGCAAAGAGAAGCUGUCCUUCCAUAUCUCCAGCAUCACCGUUAAAUAAUAAGGGCAUUUUAAAUUUACCCCAUCAAGCAUCUCCCGUGUCAAGAACACCAAGCCUUCCUGCUGUUGACACCAGCUACAUCAACACAUCACUUAUCCAAGACUACAGGCAUCCAUUCCAUAUGACACCUAUGCCUUAUGACUUGCAAGGUUUAGAUUUCUUCCCUUUCCUGUCAGGAGACAAUCAGCAUUACAACACAUCCCUUCUUGCCGCCGCAGCUGCGGCAGUUUCCGCAUCAGAUGAUCAAGAACUCUUACACUCUCGUUUUUUCCCAUACACUUCAUCUCAGAUGUUUCUCGAUCAGCUAAAUGCAGGAGGAAGCAGUUCUCUGCCAGCCACAAAUGGUAGCAAUAGUGGCAGUAACAGCAGUCUUGUUUCCUCCAACAGCCUGCGAGAGAAUCAUGGUCAUCCAGUUGCAAGUAGGAGCAGCACGGACACGGCGUCUAUCUUUGGUAUCAUACCAGACAUUAUUUCGUUGGACUGAUUUUUGGAGUAAAUGAACUUGUCAGAGGAAAUCUUUGUGCUUGGUUUUACUUUAUGUUAGAAACAUAGACAAGUUUUUUUUCCUUUUUUAGGGAAAAAAAUUUAUGUGUACAGAGAACAAAAGUAUAUUUUCAGUUUUACUUUUGUAUAUAAACCUAAGAUGGCCUCACUGGUAAAAAUAAGAAAAAAAAAAUACACAAAACAAAAAAUUAACAAAAACAAGGAGCUUCAGUUCGUUUUUGUGGAUGCUGAAGAUUUUACACCUGUGCAUUCGUCAUGUGAGUUACUUCCGCCCCCCCCCCCCCCCCCCCCCCCCAGUUUGGACACAAAUGGCAUUAUUUUCUUCACAGUAACAUAAACAGGAAAGGAGCUGAACUUUUAAAGUUCAAACUUGUGAGAGGUUUUUUUCUCCUCUUGGAGACAUUUAUCUUUGGUGGUGGAAUCUAAUUCCCCCAUCCCAUUUUUAGCGCAGAUUUUAUUAUGCUUAAAGUGGAAUAAACCCUACCCAGGCCGUUCGUUCCACAGCAUCCCCUCUGUUUGCAGGACAGAGUCUUUCAGGAGUGGGUUUUCUUUUCUGUUGGUUUUUCCUUUUUGGGAUUUUUUUUUUUUUUUGGUCAUUUCUGAUUGUGACCCUCUAUUCAGAUGAUUUUUAUUUUUUUAAAAAUUCCAUGCUUUAGUCAAGCAUGUUGCGAGCUCAUUAGCGCACCAAUUAUUCUUGAGGGCCAGACUCAAUAAAAUCUCAGGCUGAGGAAUUACUUGGCUGUGUUUAUGUUGGACAAGACAGAAUUUUUAUAGAAUCUAGCCCCGAAUAAAAGCAUUGUCACAUUGGACUGUAGGGUUUUGUUUCUAAGAACUUACUAUGAAAUCCUUUGAAAAUAACUUCAAGAUCCUAAUCAGCAAAAUAUUAAGCAUGUGUCAAUUUUAAAUUUGUGGAACUGCUUGUGCUUUAAAGUUAGCCAUGCCUGUAUAAAUGGCCUAUUGAAUUGAGGCCUGUCUUGUUCUGUCUGGAGAAAAACCUACUUUUAGCUGCAGUAGAUCAAAUUUCUGCUUAAAAGUGAACUUUUCAACAAAAGGAAGAAAACACAAAUGCCGACACACUAUUGCAUGGUUGUGCAGCUGGUAAUGGUCUCGGUACACCGUCUCCUGAGUUCACAUUCAUCAAAAUUAAUACGAAAUGUUCAAUAUGAGUCAAACCAAAAAAACAACCCAGUAAAAAAGCCCCACCCUGUAGCCCAGGUGCUCAAACAUAUCGCUACCUAUUGAAGUCUCAUAGGGUAGUGGGCUUCAAAAUGCAGUUUUCUCUUUUUGGCCUUCUGAUUAUUUUGAUUUCUCUGAUUUUUCAGUACGUUUAUGUUGAACUUUGAGCCAUACUUACUUUCUGGUUUCUUUCCCCCCUGCCCCCCCCUUCUCUUUUUUUUUUUUAAGUUGUGCAUGACAUAAGGAAAUCUUUUUUUAGAACUUAUGGGUCAUUUGGGCUGAUCCAUUCUUAUUAAAGAGUGAAAUGUGUAAAUAGCUGGAAUGCAGUUUUUCAGGAGAUUCUUUAGAGUAAGAGAAGGGGGAGGGAAGGAAGCGAUUCUCUUGUGUCCCAAAGUCCAUGUCAGAGAGAGUAAAUAUUUCCUCUGGUGUGAAAAAUAUUUUUAUAACUCGUUGAAAGUGCAGGUAACAAGUUUAUCAGGAAAGAGAGUUAAGGAAUACUAAAAUUAGCAGAUUCUUGUCUGAAUUUUUAAUGUCCAAAACUGUUGAUUGCAGUUAGUUGCUUUGAGCAUUGACAAGGGCCACCUUUUGCCUAUGAAGUUGUCUCAAAAUCUUGCAUUGAUUAAAAAAGAAAAGAAAAAAAAAAGGAAAAAAAAAAAAAAAAAAAGAAAAAAAGAAAAAAAAUCUUUAAUCCAAGUAGCAUUAGGUAUUGCUGUAUGAUCAGUCGUAUGGUUAUUUGAAAGGUUCACAUUAUGUGGCAUCAAAAUUGUUUUUAGUGUUUUUACAGCAUCCCUCUGCCACUAAAUAGUUGACUUGAAUUUUGAAAACAAAUGUUUGUGUUUAUAUGUAUAUGUGUGUGUAUAUAUGUAUUUAUAGAUCUGUGUGUGUGAGUUAAAAGUGAGUUAAAUAGUUUUUCCCAUGCAUGUGUAUUUCAUACAUAUCUGGCUGAUAUAUAUAUUUCACCAUACACCAAUUUUAUAAUUUAUUAAAUGUCAGUUAAAGAAAUAAAUAAAAGGAUAGAAAAUGGGAAAUACUUAUUUUUUAAACUCAGUCUGAUUUUGAAGUGAUUAAGCCUACACUAGGAAUAUAUCUCAUACAUUUUAGUCAUGAAUACUACUAACCUGGUAACUUCAGAGCAUAUGCUUUGCUGUAAUCCCGUUUGUAAACCUGGAGUACGACCGCCGUCAGUGUAACGGGGGGCGCGCGCGGCCCCAGCUGCUGAAGCACCUGGAGGAAAUUCGGGGGAGCCUGUGGCUGUUCCACUGACGAUCGUGGCAACGUUGUCAUUGACUGUAUUGUUAAAGAUGCCCUGAAGAGCAGCUUGUGUCACUUUUGACAAUGGUAUUAAAAUCUUGUUAAUUCACAUAUAAAAUUAAAUGUGGCGAGUGUGUGGUAA